UGGCGGCACGUAAGCAUGUUGCUUUACCUAUGCAAGUAAACGCAAAUAUAUAAACUCUCUUCCGAUGGAGGAGGAGGAGGAGGAGGAGGAGUAGUAGUUAGUUAAAUUAGUUGAAAAUGAGGCAGGCGGGGAGGUACUCGUCGAUUCUGGUGGGUGGCAUCUCGGGCCGGACGGGGCCGCACGCGCUGCCGCUGGCCAGGAUCAAGCGGAUCAUGAAGCGGAACAGCACAGCGGCAGGGGAGGCGUCGCCGCGGAUGAUCUCCGGCGAGGCUCCAGUGGUGUUCUCCAAGGCCUGCGAGAUGCUGAUCCAGGAGCUCGCCCGGCGCGGCUGGGAGGCGGCGCUGCGGGGCAAGCGCCGAACGCUGCUGAAGGAGGACGUCGCCGCAGCCGUCGCCCGCACCGACGUGUUCGAUUUCCUCCUCUCGGUGGUGGAGGCAGAGGCUAGGCCGCCGCCGCCGCCUGCAGCCCAAUAAGAACAGCAAACGAUACUAAAAUCGAAAAUCUUCGAAUCAAAUUUCGAUUUGAAACGCUCGAUUCUCGUGUAAAAGACAAAAAUUACAUCAAAGAGUAUUUCUCUG